GAGUGCUUUUCGCCAAGGGUUGGUUACUGGAAGCAAACCUGUAAUUCAUCAUGUCUUGCACUGGCUGCUUCAGAGGACCAAUGAACUUAGGAAAAGGGCUUACCUGGCCAAUUUCUUAGUGAAAUUGGAAGUGCCAGCAGAGUUUCUACAGGACGAUACUGUGGCUGACAUCAACAAACAGUAUGAAGAACUCAUGGAAGCAUUUAAAACCCUCCAUAAGGAGCAUGAGCAGCUCAAAACAUCUGGUUUGUCUACUGCAGAAAUAAGAAGGGACAUCAGUGCAAUGGAAGAAGAGAAGGAUCAACUGGUCAAAAGAGUGGAGUGUCUUAAGAAGAGGGUGGAGACAGUACAAAAUCAUCAGCGGAUGCUGGAAAUAGCAAGACAGCUUCGCUUGGAAAAGGAGAGAGAAGAAUCUUUGGCUCAACAGAAACACGAACAAAAAAAUCAGUUGUUCCAUGCAGAGCAGAGGCUGCAAAGAGCUCAGCUCCAGCUGAAAGAGAUGCAGCAUGCAGUAGCAGAUUCCAAACCUGAAAGUUUAAUGAAGAAACUAGAAGAGGAGAUAAAUUUCAAUUCCUACCUGGUUAGUGAGAAAACACCCAGAGAGGUGGAAAGCAAGAAGACUUCAGUCUAUUUGUUACAAAAGGUGGUUGCAGAGCCAGCAAUGACUCAGUCUGAUCUCACUGCACUGGAAAGUGAGUUAAAUGAAGUCAAUGCCCAAAUGAAUCAGCUUAAUGAGAAGAGGAUGAGGAAGUAUGAGCCAACUGAUAGCAAAUUCUCCAUGUAUCGCCAGCAGGCAUCUAUAAUUUCCAGGAAAAAGGAAGCCAAGGCAGAAGAACUUCAGGCUGCCAAGGAAGAGAUGUCCAGCAUGGAGAGGCAGAUGCAGCAGAAGACCAAUCAGGCCCAUGAGUUGGAAGGCUCAGAAGUCCUGACAGGAGAUGAGUUUAAGCAAUAUGUGAAUAAGCUUCGGAGCAAGAACACAACUUAUAAAAAGAAGCGCCUGGAAAUAGCAGAAAUUACAGCUGAGUGUGGAAUCCUCCAGAGGACAGAAGAGCUCCUGAAGCAGCGCCACGAGGCCAUUCAGCAGCAGUUGCAAAUGACUGAAGAGAAAAAAGGCAUUUCUGGAUACAGUUACACCCAGGAGGAGCUGGAAAGGGUUUCUGCAGUGAAGAGUGAAAUGGAUGAAAUGAAAGGCAGGACACUGGAUAACAUGUCUGAAAUGGUAAAAAAAAUGAAUGCACUGGUGGCAGAGAAGAAGGCAAGCCUUGCCCCUGUCAUCAAAGAGCUGAGGCAGCUGCGGCAGAAGUGCCAGGAAUUAACUCAAGAAUGUGAGGAGAAGAAAAUCCAGUAUGACAGCUGUGCAGCAGGGCUGGAGAGCAAUCGCUCUGCCCUGGAACAGGAAGUGAAAGGACUUCUUGAGGAGUGUGUUCAGGAAGAGAGCACCUACCGUUACAUUAACUGCAUGAGGAGGAACCUGAAGGUACAGCUGCAGCGUGCUGAGGAGGAGAUGAAGGCUUACGGCUCCCCAGACCCACAGGAGCGACGGAAGGCGAUUCGAGAACAGUAUACACGGAUUAUCCUUGAACAAGAAAACCUUGGGAAGAAAUUACGAGAGAAGCAGAAGGUUGUGCGGGAAAGUCAUGGGCCAAAUAUGAACCAGAUGAAAAUGUGGCAGGACUUUGAGCAGUUAAUGGAAUGCAAGAGAGAAUGUUUUCUGAAACAACAAAACCAAACAGCCAUUGGUCAGGUCAUUCAGGAAGGAGGUAAAGAUAGGCUUGUGCUAUGA